AUGGCUUCUCCCCGUCCUCCGCACAACUUCGGUCCGCAAGGCUAUCCUCUCCCCAACGGUGCUACUGGUCCCGUUCCUGGCGCCACCCCUCUUCUGCCAAACAACGGUCGAGUCAUUCAGAACGGCCCCGUCAGAGUCCUGUGCAUUGCGGAUGUUAGAGGUAAUCUGAAGUCUCUGAAUGAGUUGGCCAAACAGGCCCGUGCAGAUCAUAUCAUCCACACCGGUGAUUUCGGCUUCUAUGAUGACACAUCGUUGGAUAGGAUUGCCGAAAAGACCCUUAAGCAUGUGGCCCAAUACUCUCCUCUGCUUCCUGAAAAUGUGAAGCGGGCCAUCGCACAAACUCCUCCCCAGCAAUCCAUUAAGCAACGAUUCUCCCCCGACCAGCUACCCCUCUCAGAGCUUUCUAUGUUGCUCGACAAGCGGCUCACACUUGAUGUCCCUGUAUACACCGUUUGGGGUGCCUGUGAAGAUGUUAGGGUGCUGGAGAAGUUUCGCUCUGGAGAGUAUAAGGUGAAUAACCUUCAUAUUAUCGACGAGGCCAACUCGCGCCUACUGGAUAUAGGUGGUGUCAAGCUUCGUCUGCUGGGACUGGGAGGCGCGGUGGUCAUGCACAAGCUGUUCGAUAACGGCGAGGGCAAGACCACUAUUGCCGGUGGCCUAGGCACCAUGUGGACCACUUUACUGCAAAUGGGUGAGCUAAUUGACACAGCAAACCGUGUGUACGACCCAUCGGAAACCCGUAUCUUUGUCACUCAUGCGUCACCCGCGCGCGAAGGAAUGCUUAACCAGCUAUCCGUGACCCUGAAAGCUGAUUUCUCUAUUUCUGCCGGUUUGCAUUUCCGCUACGGCUCAUCCUACAACGAAUUCUCUGUGAACCCCUCAUUGGACCACUACCGAGGCAAGCUGGCCGCAUCGAAGGCUUCCUUCAACGAUGUUUGGGAGACGGUGCGCGGUGAGGUCGAGGCUGCAAUUGCCUCUAACGAAGCCCAGAAGACGCUCUUGGACAAUGCUCUCGAUGUGGUGCAGAAGAUGCCUACAAUCGCUAACGGUGGGAACCCGUUCGGCGGACCUACCGGCCCCGGAAACGCAGCUGGUCAGGUCGAUGAAAGCGCUUUCAAGAACAUGUGGAACUUCAACCUUGCAGAUGCAGCAUUUGGUUUCCUAGUCCUUGAGAUCGAAGCCGGCCGUAUCGCGACGGAAAUGCGCGCUCAGGGUUUUAACUUCGCACACCGCGGCGGUAAGCCUCCUGUGCCUGCUGUUGCUGGACAGCCCAAUCCUCCUGUGCCUACCGGUACCCCUGGUGUGGCCUCCCCGGCAGCUCGUCCCGCUGUUCCUCAGUUUGGUCAGGCCCAACCGGUUGCUGGACGUCCUGCCGCCCCUCAACAGCCGCAGCCUCAACCUCAGCAGGGACAAGCCAAGGCUCCCGCUGCAGCCCCCGCUCGUACUUCCCCAGUUCCCGUUAUUCCCAAGCCUGCAACUCCCCAGCCCUCCGGCCCAGCUGCCUCGCAACAUGCCCCUACAUCGCCUGAAAAGGCUGCAGAGGCCAACGGCACUUCACAGCCUGAGAAGCCAUCCGAGUCGCCUAUGCCCAGGCCUGAAAAGAAGCAAAGCAACGGACUAUUCGUGUCGAACGUUGACAACGAACAGGCCGUUCGUGACCUGUUCCCUGAGGAGGACAAAGCAAAGAUUGUCAAGCUCGACAAAUGGGGCAAAUACAACCACGUUGUGAUGUUCAACAGUGUCGAAGAGGCCAAGGCUGCUCUCGAUCGUCAGCCCCCAGAGCACAAGAAGCCCACACCCCCCGGUCAACCUCGCAAGCCUAACAUCAAGUUCUUCGAAGACCGUGGUAGCCACCGUGGCAAUGCUGGCACGUGGCAGAGCAGCAACCGGGGAGGCAACACUUCUCAGCGUGGAUACCAAAGCGGUGGUGCCAGCGACAGUGAAGGGGGACGGGGACGUGGUGGAUUCAGCGGACGUGGCCGCGGCCGUGGCGAUCGUGGUCGAGGCGGACGCGGUGGUCGCGGCGGUUUCAACAAAGGAGGACCUACAUCUGACUCACCUGCUCCAUCGACAUCGACUCCAUCUGGUGAGAAGCCCGCCGCGGCUGGCGAUGCUUAA